CCUCAUUCCUUGUGAAGAAGCGCGGAGGGCGGGGCUUAGCUUCCGGGCCGUCCAGAAAGCAUGGGUGGCUCCGCGUUUAUGAGGUGCCUGUGGGCGGCGGCGGCCGGCCUGCUGCUGGAGGCGCGCGGGGACCCGUCGGCGUGCCGCCUGAGCCCCGAGGAGUACCGGGAGUCCGUGGUGCUGCAGGGCCUCAACUUCGACGGGGCCUACGAGCUGAGCCUUGCCGCGGGCCUGGACUGUCUUGGAGAGAUCACUGCGCCGCUGGGCGGGGUGAACCAGUCCCUGCACGCGGUGGCGGACUUCUACGAGCAGUUUUAUGCGUUUCGGUACAUCUGCAUCGACCCCGAAGACUCCGAGCAGAGCCAGGCGCCGCCCUUCGACUUUGGCAUCUACGGGAGUGCGCGCGGUGGCGGAGCAUCUGCAGAGGCCUCCAAGGUGGACAUCGUCAAGGAGCUGCGCCAGCUCGCAGCUUCGCUGCCUGAGGAGCCAAGUUUGGCGGACUGGUUCCUGCCGGCCAACACGCUCUUCUACAGGCUGCGCGACUCCCAUGUGGACUGGAAGAACGGGGGCACGAAGGCCGACACCGUGCUCAACCAGUUCAUCUUCUUCCUUCAGGACGACAGCAGCCUUGAAGCUGCGCGCAUCGAGGUGUCUGCGAAGGGCAAAGUGGUCGUCGACGGCUAUGCAGACGCCAGGUUCACCUCCGCCGGGCGGGAGCUUGCGAGCAUUGACGGCCUUCCUCCCAUGCAGUGGUUCCGGGCCGAGAUGGUGGAGAACCCCGCCUUCAACUACGGCUUCAAGAGCCUCGGCCCUCGCUUCAAUCGGAUGCUGACCCUGGGGCGCGUGGGCCUUGCCUGGCUGGGCAGCCAUGUGGGGGACGUCUCACAGAUGAAGCCCACGGUGGAGGUGAAGUACCAGGAUGGCACGACUGGCACCUGGAGCUGGCGCUGGCUGCUGCUCACCCGCAGCCUCAGCGCGUGCCAGCGCUUCGAUGCUGAAUGCACACUGAAUCUGCUCAAGAAGCCGCUCCAGAGCCCGGGCACGCUCUAUGCCAAUGCCUUGGAGGCCUUCACUGCCCUGCAGAGCGCCCAUGAGAGCGCGCUGACCAAUGUGGCGCCAGAGUUCCCAGACGACACCAUGCUGCAGAGAUUGCAGGAGGAUGAGGGCCUCCGGUCGUUGCUGCGGAUCGAGGAGCACCAGGUGCCAGGCACCAAGGCGCACGCGAAGCAAGCGAAAAGUGCGCGGAGCGCGGCCGCCGAGCCCUCAGAGGUCUUCCCAAGGCGCUGGCUGCUGGACCCGGCGCUGAGCCCCAUGGGCGCCAGCUACGGCUACGCCCAGCUGCAGCGGGGCCCCGAGGGCGAGCUCUUCGCGGUGAUGAAGUUCCCGCGCUUCUACCUCACCCCGGACGAGUCCGGGGGCUUCGACGUGCAGAGCCGAUUCCCGGAUUUCUGGAAGGAGUUCCUGCAGGAGGCGGAGUCGCACCAGGUCACCAAGCUCCUCGUGGAUGUCUCCGGGAACGCAGGUGGCUUUGUGGAUUUGGCAUACCUCUUCGUGCGCGCCUUGUUCCCGCUGCUGGAGUUCCCGGUGCUCUGCAACGAGUACGACCGCCCCGUCGGCAGCCUCUUCGAAGCCUGGCGGAAGGUGAACAUCACCCCGCUGGUGAGCUUCCUGAAGAGCCCCGGUGCCUCCGCGGCGCGGGUGAAGAACCUCACCAGCGCGAAGCAGCGGGAGCUCGAGGCGCUCCUGCACGGAGUCACCAGGGCCUGCAUCGCGCUGGACGUGCUGAGCUACGAUGACUUCAUGCUGGUGCAAGAAGCCGUGGAUACUCUGGAGCUGGGGGAGAUGGAUGCGGACACCUUGCAGCAGACGGUCAAGGUGCUCUCGGAGUCCGCCGCCAGCUUCGGGAACCCUUUCACCCUGUAUCUCACCGCGUUCUCCGCGGAGGGCCAAGUCUUCAACCCUUUCGAGGAGACCAGGUUCCGACGCCGGGGGGGCCAGGAGAACGUGGAGCUGAGCGCUCUCUUCCACGUGGAGGAUUGUGUGGCAGUGUACACCAAGCAGUUUGUGGAUGCGCUGGCCGGGGUGAAGAAUCCUUUCAAGGACAUCCUCUUCCUCUCUGACGGGCUUUGCGGCUCGAGCUGCGACACUGCUGCGCGCACCGCCUACAUGCUGUCGCAGCAGCUGGCGGUGGAAGAAGGCACCCCGAAGGUGCGGUUCGCAGCCUUCGGCGGCCUGGGCGGCACCGCGGCGGAGGCCAGGCGGACGCUCUCCGCCACCUCCUUCCCGGGGGGCAACGUGAUGUCCUCCGCCAUGGGGCUGCUGUACAACCCGGUG